UGCCUACCAUGGCAACCAGGAAGAUCGGGCGGGACGUUUGGUUGAGUUCUCAGUAAUUGUAAAGUCGUCGUAAACCGAAAAGUGAGGAACCCAGAAAACAAGUCUGUGUGCACAGUUUGAGGGAUACUCUCGUACGGAAACUCACGGAAUCAUCAUUUUGCAUGUCCAGGCUGAAAUACAAAGUUCAGUUUGUUUGAACCUCAACCAGCUGACCCCAAGAUGGCAUCCUCUGCAUUGUUGCUGCUGCUGCUGCUACUUCGAUUUGGAAUUGCUCAAAGCUCCCAUCAACAUCCUGGAGAUCAUUACACCGGCGAGCAGCACAACCCUGAACAUGACCUGAACAUCCUGCUGGGAGAUGAGGACACAGAGGAGAUAAAGCAACUUAGCCCGGCAGAACAGAGGAAAAAGAUGAUGGAGAUUGUGAAGAGGAUUGACACAAAUGCUGACAGCCUGCUAAGUGAAGAGGAGAUCACUCUUUGGAUUCAGCACGUUUACAGAACAUACGCUCUGGAUGAUGCAAAGGAGCGGUUCCCUGAGUUUGACACCAACAAAGAUGGUGUUGUAACGUGGGAGGAAUACAACACUGUCGCACAUAACCAGCUCAUUAGUUUUGAUGAUGACGCAGUCCUGGAGGAUCCAGAGCAGGAGUCUCUUCGACAUCUCCAUCUGAAGGAGAGGAGGCGAUUUGACUUCGCUGAUGCAGACAAUACAGCAGGGCUUAAUGUGACAGAGUUUCUUGCCUUCACCCACCCAUCUGAAGUGGAUCACAUGGCUGAUUUUGCCAUUGAAGAUGUGUUGGGUGAAUAUGACUCAGAUAAAGAUGGAUUCAUCAGUCUCAGUGAAUUUAUCGGAGAUGUUCGUGGUGAUGGUGAGGAUUCCCCUUCACAGUGGGAGAUUGAAGAAAGAGUGCGGUUUAAAGACCUCUAUGAUCAGGAUAAGGACGGCAAGUUGAAUCGAGAGGAGCAGCUUCGCUGGGUUGCGCCUAACAGCUAUGGUUCAGCAAGAGAAGAGGCUUUUCACCUCCUCAAGGAAAUGGACCAGGAUGGUGACGGCAAGAUCUCAGAAGCCGAAGUUUUGAAAAAUCAAGAGACAUUCUUGCACAGUGAAGUGACAGACUAUGGCAGACAGCUGCAUGUAUCCCAUGAUGAAUUGUAACCACAGUGUUAUUGCCAUGACGGUGUGAUUUGACGUUAGCCUUCCCAUUUAUGUUCUUAUUCAUCCAGGAUGAAGUUGCAAUAGUAAAUGAAAUAGCAGAGAAGCACAUAUUGCAACACAUAUUGCAAGAAUAACACAUCACCAGAAGUGUCAAAAGUAUUCACAUUCAUUACUCGGGGAUGGAUACUAGGGUUUAAAAAAACUUCUGUAGAAGUUGAAGUAUCAACUCAAGCUUUUUACUCAAGUAAAAGUGUAAAAGUAUUGGUUUCAAAACUACUUAAAGUAUAAAAGUAAAAGUAAUGUAAGGGGGGAAAAAAUGCCAUUAAGGCCAUUCGGCUGCACCACAGGGGCCUAUAGUGCACUACCCCACCUCCCCAAAAAAAACAUUUUUCUAAAGGCCAUAAUGACUACAAUGUUAUAUUAAAAUGUUAAUGUUGAAAAAUUUGGGAUGCACCUGUUUCAGUCGCAUUUAUGCCCAUUGAAAAUUAACUGAUUUUAGUACAAUGCAAAUACAUUAAAGAACCAUAUAAGUGUA